AUGCCAGACAGUGAAGGUCGGCAAAAAAGAACGCGCAGUGGCUGUUUAGAAUGUCGGAGGAAGAGGAGAAAGUGUGACGAGACCAAACCUGCUUGUUUGCGCUGCAAUAAAGCCAGAACUGCUUGUACAUGGGCAUCGGGCAUUUCAUUCAGACCUCCUGCAACCUUAGAAGGUUCCCAGUGCAGUGGAUCUCCUGGCAGUGUCAAGGGAAAAGAUAGAUUGGAGGAACCGCCUAGAUGUUUUGAAAUUCUCGAUGUGACCGAGUCCGUUAUUCGAGAAUACGAGGGCAGGGCCGCAGACUCUGGAGCUAAUGGUGACAAUGACGACUCAACCCAGAGUCUGACCAAAAGCGGGAGUCAGACGAGCCACCCCCAGUCCUUGAUGCGGAAUAGUACUGGGGCCGCUCUGCCGGCAUCGGAUAUCCAGUCUGUUGCUUCACCCAGCGGUCAAUCUUCCCCGACUCGGUCGGAAGUAACGUGGAUGUCUUAUGAAGAUGCUAGCCGGCACAGCUAUUCCCAAGCUGAGCAGGGGCUAUUACCAUCUGACGGUAAGAGCAUGCUGUACUACGGCACAUCCAAUUCCCAGCAGCAAAACGAUGCCGCUGCGAAUCUGUUAUAUCUGCGCCAAACAGAGCCACGGUCAAUGGAAUCCCAAGCAGGCGGCGUCGAGCCCGGACGCCUGUCUAUUCCGAUCAACAUGAUAUUGACCCAAGACGAGGAAGCGUCCAUGUCGUCUGGCAUAUUUUCUCCCGGGUCGAUUUACCUACAGCUCCAGUCUACCUUGCGGCAUCAUCUGUUCCAGGAAAGCAGGUCCUGUGGCCCUUCAAGAGUAUGCACGCCGGAUGCCGAACAUUCGCGGUUCCAUACGCCCGGGGCGAGCCGCAGCUCAGAUCAAGAUCAAGCAGUCGAUGGAGAUGAUACAGGUCUCACCAACGAACAGGAAUAUCUGUUGUGGAAGAAUUGGGUUGAGGAACUUUCACCAUGGCUUGACAAGUUUGAUCGCGAGAAGCACUUUAGGAAUACCCUCCCGAUAUUAUCCAGAUCUAACCUGCAUCUCAAGUAUUCCAUCUUAGCAGUUUCCGCGCGGCAGCUCGAGAGGAAAAAAGACCCCAACGGAUCACCAACGGGAAGCCUAGCACUUUAUCAGCAAGCCAUUCACUACCUCCUGCCAUGUCUUGGUAGCCGAAGCAUUUCGGUCAUCGCAUCGUGCGUUGUCCUCUGUGUGCUGGAGAUGCUCAGCUGCUCCCCGAAAGCUUGGCAGCGCCAUCUCGACGGAUGCGCAACCCUCUUACAGACCGUGGCCAUCAACGGCUUUUCCGGAGGGAUCGAACAGUCCCUCUUCUGGUGUUUCGCCCGGAUGGAUAUUUGCGGAGGUUUGAUAUCAUCCUCGAAAACAUUAAUCCCCGUCUCCGCCUGGGUUCCUGCACCCGAUCUCGAGUCUGCGAUCCGCAUCUUCCAGGUAAGCUCCUGUACAUACGAGUCGCAUGCGUGCCAAGCCGUCUUCCUGACUGCCCAUGUCGUGACACUGCUCUCUUCGGUCCCUUCUCUUCCCGCGAACACCAGCGUCUUCGCUCAAUCAGAAUCGACCAACGACUCGUUUUCUCGAGACUGGCAGCAGCUUUGGCAUCUGCUGGAUGAGUGGUUUAUGAAACGACCCGGCGAAAUGUACCCCGUCCUAACCCACCGCUUGAACUCCAACCACCCGUUUCCCACCAUCUUGUACAGCAGCCCAUCUGCCAUCUCGGGGAACCAGCUUUACCACACGGCCACAUUGUUGAUGCUCCAGCAUAAACCGGCACACAUUCUAUUACCAACCAAGCCGAGAUCGAUCCUGUGGCAUGCGCGGCAGAUUGUAGGGAUAUCGGCGUCGAACCACCACCACGGAUCCUGGACCAAUGCUCUGCAGCCGUUGUGGAUUGCUGGCAGGCUUUUUAGUAGCCCCGCGGAGCAUGGAUUUAUUCUUGACUUACUAGACAUGAUUGAGCGUGAAUCGGGAUGGGCUACGAAGUGGAGGGCGGAUGACUUGCGUGAGUGGUGGGGAGACCAUGGGGACUGA